AUGGUUUUCCCAGGGAGAUGUUCCGAAAAGGCUCAUAAACCCAUUGAUUUGAAUGGGCGAGUAAAAGAAAACGGCCGUGGGCUUUUCGAAGACGGGCAGUGCAGCGCUUUGCCGAACCGUUCCGGAACACGAGAGUGAGGUAAAGAAAUAGCACAGAGAAAGCAGAGAGGUCAAAGGGCGGCGAAAUGUGCGCCGAAACUGCCUGAACAUUGUUUUCUUCUUUUGGCUCUCCUCGGUUUCGUGCGAGUUUCAGUUUUUCGGUUCUUUCAAUUUUUUUCAUAGAUGCUCCUGAAUAUGAGACAAACGCGACAGUUCCUCGACUUUCUUCGAAUUUUCCCCUGUCUUUGGGAUCCAGCAGUAAAUUCCACAGCAGGUGUGAGGGCUCAUCUAUGGGAAACGCUGGCCGACUUCAUCAAUCAGCGAUUUCGAAAGUCGUUAAGAGGUUUUUCUAUAAGUUGCACAUUUUCGAGAGAAGCGCCAUUAUGAUUAUGUGAAAAGCAUCAUAAACUGCCAAAAUUUAAAAAGCUUCAAUAAGCCUUAGAUAAUCUUUCCCCUAAAGACUAUUAGUCAAGAAUAAGAACUUAAUUUGAGAAGAAGCCAUCGGGAAAGUUCCCAGACCGUCCAAAAUUUUUUUUGGAACAGAAAAGAUCCUUCAAAUCAAUCAAUUUUAAGCGUAAUAGGGAAAUAUUUUUUUUUUUAAGUAUGCAAAAUAUUUUUGUUUUCGAAAAUCUCAAGAUUUUGUGUGCUGCGAUUUGAAAGAUCUCAUUUAUAGACCUCCAGAAAUCGUUUGGACUAAAUUGCUGAAAAAAAAUUCAAAAAUUCAAACUUCCAUUUAAAAAUUUCUUUUUUUCGCUCGAGCGAAGUUAACUGAAUAUUUCUUUCAGCCCGAGAUCUCAGGAGAUACUGGAAGAGACUGAGGGCCAACUACAUUUUGUGGGGCCAUCGGCCGGAUCGUUUCGAGAUUCCAUUCCCCUACCUUGAGGAAAUGCAAUUCUUCGAAGAAGUUCGCUUGAUGUGAGCUCCAAAGUUCAUUUUUCAUUUUUCGGAUAGUAAAUUUUCUGAAGUGCUUUUUAAGAUACUCUCAUUAGAGAAGUAGUUCUUACAAUGAUUCGUUUUUUCAACUAUUGAGGCUUCAAUGCUCGCGAAGAACGCUAAUUUUAAUAAAAGAGCUAUUUUAAGCUUUGAAGCGUCUUAACGUGGGAAGCAUAUUAAUUCCAAUUGAACUUUUUCACAUAUAAAAAUGGAGAUGCUUUGAAGUCCUGAAAAAAAUGGUUAGCAAAGAGAAAUUUUGUUUUUUACUAGCUUCGUUCGAAUUUUGUUACCCAUAGUCCUUGGUCAUCGUAUUAAAAUUUGUAACUUUCGCCUUAUUUUUUGAUUUCAGCAUCGAAUGCAUUCUUCGCCGCCUGGAGAGAGCUGCUCUGGUCGAUGAGGCCAUUGCUCUUCUCGAAAACGAUGCGGUCUACGUGGCUGUUUGGUAGGAUUCCAUUUUCACUCUCAUCUUUUAUAAUAUUUUUUCAAGAACCCUGAAUGCCAGUCGCUGAACUUUUCUUCCUGGUCGGCGUCAAAAGCUUUACUACCCGUUUUUGAAAAUUUUUGUUGUUGUUGAUGAAUAUUUUGUUGUUUUUUUUUGUGUAAUCAAAUCACUUAUUUCGUUGUUUCAGUCACAUGUAAUCGACUAGGUGGUAAAUAAACCUUUUGAAAUCAUAACGGUCUACCGCCUUUGGCAAAAAAGAAGUCCCAACGUGUAGUUGAUCAAGUGGGAAGCAUGGUCUGAAGGUCCUUCGCCUCGUUCUCGUAGUCCAUCCAGUUGCGCCUUGUCGAGCUCAGGAUGUAGCAAUCUCAUGCUGGAGCUCGGAGACCGUGCUCUUGUCGGAAUGAGAAACGAUGUUUCGAUUUCGAGUCAAGACUUCACACGGAAUCCCAUUUAA